AUACUGACACGCCUCUUCCAUAUCACUUCAUAUAUUCAGGAAUCGAUGUUUGUGUUGUUUAUAAGAUUUUUGAAAUACGAAAAUUUGUAUUAAUCUGUUUCCAUACGUUUUUAACUGAGCCGUCAAGAGAAGCACUACAAAGAUUUCGGAUAUAUUAGAUUUGUGAACAGCACGCACCAUCUGUCUUAAGUGCAUUUUCCGAAGAAUAAGUACACCUUCUCGACAAUUACCGUUAAGUCCCACUUAGUUCCCGCCUAGAAUAAAUUAGUUCGUCGUUACCUGUUCCAUGUAGUAAAGUUUAGCGCAGAGUUUGUAAUACCAGUUGUGGAUUUUUGAUAUCUUUAAUUUGUUGGUGAAAAUGGAUUUCUUUGGACACCCUGGUGUUGAUUCAGGUGCCGUUGGCCAGCAUGUAAGAGAUGAGUUAGCCGAGAAAUGUCAAAAGCUUUUUAUGGAGUUUUUAGAGGAGUAUCAGGACACAAAAGGGGAGAAGAUUUACCUUAAUGCAGUAAGGGAGUUAAUUCGCCCUGAGAGGAACACGCUAACAGUAAUUUUUCCUGAUCUGGAGCAUUAUAACCAACAACUAGCAACUACCCUACAGGAGGAAUAUUACAGGGUUUAUAGCUACCUUUGUCGAGCUGUGUUGAACUUUGCAAAAGAUGUUGGAAACAUUCCUCUAUCUAAGGAAUGUUAUGUUGCUUUUGCAGAUUUUCCUGCAAGACAGAGAAUUCGAGAACUGACUUCAGCAAAAAUUGGAACACUCUUGCGCAUCAGUGGUCAGGUAGUGCGGACUCAUCCUGUUCACCCUGAAUUGGUUAGUGGGACUUUUCUCUGCCUGGAUUGCCAGUCUGUAAUAAAAGAUGUGGAACAGCAGUUCAAGUAUACUCAACCAAGCAUCUGCAAGAACCCUGUCUGUGCUAACAGGCAAAGAUUCAUGCUUGAUACCAACAAGUCGCGUUUUGUUGAUUUUCAGAAGCUGAGAAUUCAGGAAACACAAGCGGAGCUCCCACAGGGAGCUAUUCCACGCAGUGUGGAGAUCAUUCUGCGAGCUGAAGCGGUGGAAACUGCACAGGCAGGAGAUAGAUGCGACUUCACAGGAACACUGAUAGUUGUCCCUGAUGUUUCUGCAUUGACUGCUAUCCGAACAGAGACCAGUUCAAGGGUGACAGGACCAGAAGGAUUUCAACCUGAAGGAAUACAAGGUCUGAAGGCUUUAGGUGUGAGAGAGCUUUCAUAUAGACUGGCUUUCUUGUCAUGCCAUGUUGCACCAACUAAUCCUAGGUUUGGAGGUAAAGACUUGAGAGAUGAAGAUCAAACAGCAGAAAGCAUUAAAAACCAGAUGACUGUCCAAGAGUGGGAGAAGGUGUUUGAAAUGAGCCAGGACAAGAAUCUGUACCACAACCUGUGUACUAGUCUCUUUCCUACAAUACAUGGAAAUGAUGAGAUCAAGCGAGGAAUCACACUAAUGUUGUUUGGUGGUGUGCCAAAGACCACCAUGGAAGGGACAUCUCUUCGAGGUGAUAUUAAUGUUUGUAUCGUUGGAGACCCAAGUACAUCCAAGAGUCAAUUUCUGAAACACGUUGAAGAGUUUAGUCCCCGAGCUGUCUAUACGAGUGGCAAAGCCAGCAGUGCUGCUGGGCUAACAGCAGCUGUGGUGAAAGAUGAGGAAUCCCAUGAAUUUGUAAUUGAAGCUGGAGCUUUAAUGUUGGCCGAUAAUGGUGUUUGCUGUAUUGAUGAAUUUGACAAGAUGGAUCUGAAGGAUCAAGUAGCAAUUCAUGAGGCAAUGGAGCAACAGACUAUUUCAAUUACAAAAGCUGGUGUUAAGGCCACGUUAAAUGCUCGCACUUCCAUCCUGGCAGCUGCGAAUCCUGUUGGUGGAAGAUACGAUCGUUCCAAAUCCCUGAAACAGAAUGUCAAUCUUUCUGCGCCAAUUAUGUCAAGAUUUGACCUGUUCUUUGUCUUGGUAGAUGAAUGCAAUGAGGUUAUCGACUAUGCAAUAGCAAGACGAAUCAUUGAUCUGCAUUCAAGACUUGAGGACUCUGUUGAACGAAAAUAUUCUUUAGAAGAUAUUCAAAGAUACUUGAUGUUUGCACGACAGUUUCAGCCUAAGAUCACCAAGGAAGCAGAAGAAUUCAUUGUUGAACAAUAUCGACAUCUAAGGCAAAGAGAUAGCAAUGGAGUUGUGAAAACAGCUUGGCGCAUUACGGUUAGACAGUUGGAAAGUAUGAUUAGACUGUCUGAAGCCAUGGCUCGAAUGCAUUGCUGUGAUGAGGUUCAACCAAAACAUGUCAAGGAGGCUUUUCGACUGCUGAACAAGUCUGUUAUUCGUGUUGAGACUCCAGAUGUCAAUUUAUAUCAAGGAGACCAGGAUGAUGAUGGACUAGAAGAUCUCAUGGACGAGAGUGGUUUAACAAAUGGGGAUGAGGCUAUGUUAAUAAAGAAAUCAGAAGAUGCUGUGAAAGAAGCUAUUCCCAAAGUUGCAAUGAAAAUGUCAUUUACUGAGUACAGACAGCUCUCAAAUUUGCUAGUCCUGUAUCUGCAGAAAAUGGAAGAAUAUGAUCAAGAUGCUGUUAGGAAGAGUGAACUGGUCAACUGGUACUUGAAAGAGAUAGAAAGUGAAAUUGAAACGGAAAAUGAACUAAUUACAAAGAAGACAAUAAUAGAAAAGGUCGUUCAUAGACUGAUACACCAUGAUCAUAUCCUGAUAGAAUUGUCCAAAACUGGUUUGAAAGAAAGUGACAUCAGAGUUGAAGAAGAUCCCUUCUUAGUAGUUAAUCCAAACUAUGUGCUUGAUGACUGAUUAUAUAAAACUGCUGGUAUAACUCUAGUUCACUUAAUCAGUUUUAGAAAGGAGUUAAACUACUACUGCUGGCAUGUUUUAUAGUAGAAAAUAUAAUGUUUAAGUUAGUAAAUUAACUGGAUUGGCUUUAACUUAUUUGUAGUUUUAAUAAACUAAUAAAGAUUAUUAUAUUUGUACUAA